CACCGUUGUGCCUCCGACGGGGAAGCUUUACGGUGUACACGCUUCGUUCUUCGUAUACGAAAGUAAAUAUGGAGAGCCCCGAGGUUACUUUUACUUUGGCAUACGUGGUGUUUGCGGUUUGCUUCGUUUUUCCUCCCAAUGAAUUUCGGUCUGCCGGGGUGACGGUGCAGAAUUUGUUGUCAGGUUGGCUUGGCAGCGAGGACGUGGCAUUUGUUCACUACCACAUUAAGAGGACCUGCGCGACACUACUUGUGCACUCCUUAUUGCCACUAGGUUAUUAUGUAGGAAUGUGUUUUGCAUCUCCAGAACAAAAGUUAUAUUAUGUUCAUCUUGCAAGCGAUGGAUGGCAGCUGUACUUUUCCUUGGCAUUUGCUCUUCCUUUGGUUUGUGUCAUAUUAGUAUACUACUGGUCAUUGAGGAAAUGGAGUUGCCAUCCCAUUGCCAGGACACUUGCUAGCCAUGCACUUCCUCAAUCAGGCUGGAGAGCUGUGGCAUCUUCUGUCAAUACUGAAUUUCGCCGUAUCGAUAAAUUUGCCACCGGUGCUCCUGGUGCUAGGGUGAUUGUCACAGACACUUGGGUAAUUAAGGUAACUACAUAUAAUGUGCACAUUGCACAGCAACAGGAGAUUCAUUUGACAGUGACAGAUUCUAAACAACAUGAACUAUCCCCGGAUUUUAAUACACCAGUGCAAUUUCUUACCAUUUGUGUCGCCAGCAUCAACCCUUACAUAAAACCUUUUGACAUAAGGUUGAAUUCAACAGAAUAUGGUGAAAUGCGUGAGAAGCUUCAUGCUCCAAUCCGAAAUGCUGCUAACGUUGUCAUCCACCAGACCCUAAGUGACAUGUUUUUGGAAACAUUUAAAUGUCAGGUGGAAUUGAACCAACAUUAUUCUUUGCCUAGUGGUCAGGAUUUGGAACCUUGUAUUGGAUGCAUGCAAGUCUCAGCCAAUAUGAAACUGUUGAAAUUGUGCCAGGAAGAUGAUGAUGGAGAAUGCCAAGACUGUUAUUGCCGCCCUAUGUGGUGCAUGACCUGCAUGGGCAAAUGGUUUGCAAGUCGACAGGACCAGCAGCACCCUGAGACAUGGCUAUCAAGCAGGGUUCCCUGUCCAACCUGCAGGGCAAAAUUUUGUAUUCUUGAUGUGUGCUUGGUGGAUAAUUAAUGUGGAAAUCACAAGUGAACAGUGACACUGAAGCAUAAAUAUCCAUAAAGGACGUGAAAAAACGUUUUAAAACAGACCCAGUAUUUCUAAUCUUUUGCCGUUGCAAGGAAAUGGAUGCAAUGAUGUUUUUUUUUGUUUUGUUUUUGUUUUAUGUCUUCAGUUCAUUUUAUUAAUCUUUACUCAGAAGCUUAAAAAUGCUUUGCAACACUUGGGGAACGUUGAAGUUAAUUUAUGAAUUAUGGUCAUUACUGUUAUUUCUUUAUUAUUUUGAAGUUUUCUUAAGGAAAGAAAUUGCUUUCUGAAACAUUUUCUGGCCAUUUCUUUGUUAAUGUUUAUGAUUAUUUGAACCCUGUUUCAAUUUUCCAUUUAAAUACCAACAACCGCAGCCUAUAGGCCUUUGACAUCAGUACUUCAUAGUUCUAGCAGUAAUUGCAUAGUUUUCAGAUUUACAGAACUUGGCUUUUGUUUACGUUCACUGUAAUCUUACUAACAGUUCACAACAUUUUCAAGUAUACUUUUUUUUCCAAACAUUAGUGUUUAAAAUACUUUAUAAGCCACAGUUAUAGAUCAAAUUUAAAGAAUGUAAAGCAAUAAGACUAUACAUAUUUUAAUUGCUUAAUUUAAUUUAAUUGCUUACACCAUUAAAGCCCCUUUUUACUGCUAAAAUGUUAAUAAUGUUAGUGCAAGACAUUUUACAGUUACAAAAUCCUGUCACUUUUUAAUCACUACUAAAAGACAACAAGCUGUAUUAUGAUUUUGAAAACCAUGCACUACUGCUGACAAUUUAAAUAUCUGUUUUAAAGUAUAAUAUUUAAAUAGCUGAUAUAACCCAUGCAAUUUUCCAGCAAUACAAUUUUAAAAGACCACUGCUAUCUUUGUGCAAAGGUUAAAAAUAAUUUCUGUCUGAAAUUUUUGAAGUACAUCCAUAAAGGUACUGCAAGUGAUGCUUACCUGUUAGGGUGUUUUGGACGUUUACUUUUUUCUGAAUAUUCGACUGAGAGCAAUACAAAAUGUUUUAAGUUUGACACUUCUCUUGUUUUUUCAAUUAAUUGUAAUUAUUAGAUUUAAAAAUAUUGGGUAAGAUGUGCAAUAUUUCUGCAAACGUUUAAUAAAUAAAUCAUUGAAAUUUAAAAAAUUGCAUAUUUUCAACUGAUCCAACAUGUAUCAGAAAUUAUUUUGCUUUACCAUGCUAUUAAAAUGGUAUGAGAUUUUGGCAUCAUAUUUCCAAAAACUAUUUUUUUUCUUGGUGAACACUUAAAAAAAAAUAUUCUUGCCAACGUGCAUCUUUAUUAUCUUUAUCCGUUUGUUUAUGUUUCCAAUAACAGACAAAACAAUAUUUUUUUAUGCUUGGUCAUCAAGACUUGACAUAAGCAGAUUGCUGGAGGUGCAUUACCAGCUGUUAUGUGAAUAUUUGAGACAGUGGAUUCAGACCCCUUCACUUUCUACAUGCAUUACUGUGCUUUAAUUUUAAUUGAUCAAUUUGCCUUUUUUGU